UUUCUUAAAACCUGUAAUGAGCACUGCAAUCCUUUUUCACCUAGUGGCGAAUUUAGACUUAAAAUCCAAACUAGUGUCUUUUUUUAAGAUUAGUAUAAAAUAAGUUGGUAUUCCAAAGGGUCUUUUUGGGACUAAAAGGUUUAUUUUAUUUAGAAUAUUUUUGUGACAUUUAACAGUUAAAUGCUAGCACCCAUAUGAUAUUUGCAGAAAUGAUUCUGUGUUACAUGGCGUUCUUGAUUUUGAACUCUAAGGGACGCUGUUGGUCAAUCCAAUUUAAGCUACAGAGCAUCACUAAACAGUCCCCUCCCUCACCAGUCUAUCCUGCGAGAGAGCGAUUGGUAGUGUGCUUCAUGUGGGCUGACAGAGGCGAAAAGACUCGCAUGAUCUGACAUCUCUUUUCGGAUGAUAACAAACCAGAAUCAACCUCUUUAGAGUUUUCUACUGUGAAGGAUAAUUCGUGUGCUUGGAUUGCCGCGAUAGUAUUUGUGUGAUUCUUGGACCAUGGCAUGUGGAAUACUUCCCUUCGGUCUUUGCGUGAAAUGGCGAACUGGCUGCGGAAAAAACUGGCUGCUGCUCGUUUUCUUCUUGUAUCUCAACCAAAUGGUCGGUGGACAUAUCCGAUAUGCAAUCCCGGAGGAGAUGAAGAAAGGCUCCCUAAUCGGAAAUGUAGCUCAGGAUCUAGGUUUGGAUAUGAAAAGACUCCGUUCAGGGCGGGCCCGUAUCGUGACCGGAGAAAACAUCCAGUACACCGAGCUGAAGACAGACAAAGGGACUCUGGUCGUGAAUGAGAGAAUAGACCGAGAGCAGCUCUGCGGAGACGUCACACCGUGCAGUUUCAGCUUUGAGGUGAUUUUAGAAAACCCUAUGGAGCUACAUCAGAUUACAGUUGAAAUAACAGACAUAAAUGAUCACUCGCCAACGUUUAAAAGAGAUAGAAUCAAUUUUGAAAUCAGUGAAUCAGCUAAUGCAGGUGCUCGUUUUUCAUUGACGAGUGCAGAAGACCCUGAUGUGGGUGUAAAUGGACUCAGAGAAUAUUUGCUGUCUGAGAAUGAUAAUUUUGUUCUGAAACAAAACUCGAAUGCAGAUGGAAAGAAAUACGCUGAAAUGGUGUUACAGAAGCCUUUAGACAGAGAGACAAAUCCUAAACUAUCGCUCAAGCUGAUCGCCAUAGACGGUGGAUCACCGCAGAGAUCUGGUACAGUAAAUAUAGAUAUCGUUGUUCUGGAUGUCAAUGAUAAUGCACCUGUUUUUAACCAAUCUGUGUACAAAGCUACAGUGAUGGAAAACUCUCCAAAAGACACUUACGUUACCACUGUUAAUGCUAGUGACGCAGAUUACGGCUCAAAUAGUAUUGUAACGUACUAUUUUUCAGACCUAAACAGUGGUCUUCGUGAUAUGUUCACAGUUGAUGGAAGAACGGGUGCUAUUUUUAUUAAAGGUGCUGUGGAUUAUGAAAAAGAUAAAAAAUUUGAGGUCAGACUCGAUGCAAAAGAUCAGGGAGGAUUGACGGAUUCAUGCAAAGUAAUAAUUGAAGUUAGUGAUGUAAAUGACAACACCCCCGCUGUUAGCGUGAUGUCAUUCACUAGUCCUGUGUCAGAGGACUCUCCUCCUGGAACAACUAUUGGGAUCAUAAAUGUUAAAGAUCUUGAUUCAGGUGAUAACGGACAAGUGACCUGUAGAAUUGAAGAAAAUGCACCUUUUAAGAUUAAAUCCAAUUUAAGAAAUUAUUACACUUUGGUCACAGAUACUGUAUUAGAUCGUGAAAGUGUUUCAGAGUAUAACAUCACUGUAGUUGCGACAGAUGCAGGUAUGCCUCCUCUCUCGUCAAAGAGAACCUUUCAUUUGAAGGUCUCUGAUGUGAACGAUAAUGCACCAGUGUUUCCACAAGGUGUUUAUAAUGCGUUUAUCACAGAGAAUAACUCUCCAGGUGUGUCUGUUAUCACACUAAGGGCCAGAGAUCCUGAUGAAAACCAAAACGCCAGAAUAUCUUAUAUUCUGGAAGACACUAAUAUCGGUGGAUCUCCAGUUUCUGGUUAUGUCUCAGUUAAUACAGAAAGCGGAGUAGUGCACGCAGUGCGUUCAUUUGAUUAUGAGCAGCUGAAACAACUGGUUUUCGUGGUCAAAGCGCAGGAUGGAGGCUCCCCUCCAUUCAGUAGCAACGUGACAGUGAAAAUGAUUAUCCAGGACCAGAACGACAACCCCCCUCAGGUCCUGUACCCAGUCCAGACUGGUGGAUCAGUGGUGGCUGAGAUGGUGCCUCGUGCAGCAGAUGUGGGCUUCCUGGUGACUAAAGUGGUGGCUGUUGAUGUGGACUCUGGACAGAAUGCCUGGCUCUCGUAUAAACUGCAGAAAGCCACAGACAGGGCGCUGUUUGAAGUGGGCUUACAGAAUGGAGAAAUCAGAACUAUCCGCCAAGUGAAUGAUAAAGAUGCUGUGAAGCAAAGACUGACUGUUAUAGUGGAGGACAACGGGCAGCCGUCUCGUUCAGUUGCAGUCAUUGUUAACGUGGCGGUGGCGGACAGCUUCCCUGAAGUGCUGUCUGAGUUCACUGACUUUACACACGACAAGGAGUACAAUGACAACCUGACUUUUUACUUAGUGCUGGCUUUGGCUGUAGUGUCCUUCCUCUUCAUCACGUGUGUAGUGGUUAUUAUAUCAGUGAAAAUCUACAGAUGGAGACAGUCUCGCACCCUGUUUCACUCCAACCUCCCUGUGAUUCCAUAUUAUCCACCACGUUACUCAGACACUUUGGGCACAGGGACUCUCCAGCACGUGUACAAUUACGAGGUGUGCAGGACGACUGACUCCAGAAAGAGUGACUGUAAGUUCGGCAGAGCUGGUAGUCAGAACGUGCUGAUAAUGGACCCCAGUUGUACAGGGACCAUGCGGCGGAUACAGAGUGAGAAGAGCAUCCUGGAUGAACCAGACUCUCCUCUAGAGGUUAGUUUACUGAAAUAAUUUAUCCUCUGUGCCUCUUUGUAUCUUUCCGUGUUUAAAUAUAUUGGUUGGUGACGUUUUUCCUUUGUAUUCAGCACCUUGGACAGCGUCGUAUUCUGUGUAAUUUAUAUGGGGUACUUCCUACUUAGUUAUUUUGUUACACGUUGUUGAGUGUUGGUGACUUUCAGAGUGACUUCAUGGAAAUCAACUGGUGAUUGUUGAAAACAUGUAUAUAAUUUUAACAACUGACUUGAACAAUUCUCAUUCAGCGUCUAUAGUUUCGCCGAACUCAAGUUUUUUUUUUUUUCUAGUUUUGACCGUGUUUAAAGAUAGAAGAUUGUGGGGUAU